UGGUCGGCAACACUGUCAAUAUUGAUAGUGUCACUUGUCUUUCUUCAGCGUCCCCGCUGUAAAGCUGCCAUUUUGCCCUGGUAUUCAUUUUGUUCUUGUUCCCGAUCGAAAAAGUGACAACAAACGUUAAUCUACAAUAUUUGCAAAUAUUAUUUCAUUUUCCUCUUUACUCAAGGAUUAAUAGGCAUAUUUCAAAAACUAAAUAUGACUAUUGGAGGAAGUAUAAAUAAGUCAUACCUCAGCAAAAAUAAGAAUACCUAUCCACCUCAAGGAGUUCGUUGCCAAAAAUGCCUGGAGUAUGGCCACUGGAGUUAUGAAUUUCAAGUAAAACGAAAAUAUUUACACAGAUCAUCAAGAACACAACAGCUCAAAAAUCGUAUAAAAGCUGAAGAGGAAGGAAAAACUGAUGUUCCUGUGGGAGCUGAUGAGCAAAUAAAUGAGAAAGAGAAGGAUUCUAGUGGCUACGACAGUUCAGACAGUAGUUCUGAUAGUUCCAGUGAUUCUAGUUCUAGUAGCUCAAGUGAAUCUACAUGCAGCUGUAGUUCAUCUUCAGAAGAUGAAGAUUAAUAGUUUACACUGGUUUUUAAAAAAAUUGUGAUACAUAUUAUACUGUAUUGAAUCAUCCUAAAUUAAAUAGUGUUUCAGCCUUUUUACAUACAUCGUUCAAUUUUUUAUUGACCUAAAUAAUAAAAGUUAACAUAGCC